AUGAACGUCUGCCAAGCUGUGAAUAGUGCUUUACAUGUCGCUAUGGAAACGGACAAAACGGCAGUACUUUUUGGUGAAGACGUUGCAUUUGGUGGUGUGUUUAGGUGUUCCGUCGGGUUGAAAGACAAGUACGGCGCAGAUAGAGUGUUCAACACUCCUUUGUGUGAACAAGGUAUCGUCGGUUUUGGCAUAGGUGUAGCUGUAGGCGGAAGUACGGCGAUAGCUGAGAUCCAGUUUAGUGACUAUAUCUUCCCAGCGUACGAUCAGUUAGUAAACGAAGCAGCUAAGUAUCGAUACCGUAGCGGUGGGAUGUUCAACUGCGGCUCCCUGACGGUGAGAUCCACUUAUGGUGCCGUCGGACAUGGUGGUUUGUAUCACUCGCAGAGCCCAGAGGCGCACUUCACUCAUACUCCUGGGUUGAAGAUACUCUAUAGAAUUGCAGCAGAAGAAGUACCGACGGGAGAUUACACAAUUCCCCUUGGUCAGGCUGAGGUCGUCCUGAAAGGCUCUGACAUGACAAUAGUUACAUGGGGAACCCAAGUUCAUGUUGCACUCGAAGCUGCACAAAUGGCCAAAGAGCAGUUGGGAAUGUCCAUUGAAGUUAUCGAUCUCGCAACGAUCCUCCCCUGGGAUGAAGAUACAGUUGUUGAGGUGAGUAAUAAGGGAUACAUGUAUGAAAGACGC